GAGGGAAGGACGACUCGAAGUGUUGAAAUUUUUGCGGGACGUGGCGAAGUAUCCGUCGGAUAGGUCCAUGUCUCGUCUGUCCGGUCCAUGGGGUCCUCUCGGCACUAUUACUCAAACCGAAGUUUCCCCUUACUUCGGGCACAGUACCUUUAAAUAUCAUUUUGAUCCCUGUCAAGCCGCCGCUAAGAACGGUCACCUCGAGGUCAUACGAUGGCUCCUGGCGAACAAGUGUCCGUGGGACGUGACGACAGUCGGAAACGGCGCGGCGAAGCACGGGCACCUGAAAGUGCUUCAGUUCGCCAUCGAAAAAGGCUUCCACCCGGACGAAAGCACGUGCGCUGCCGUCGCCUCCAAAGGCAACUUACGGAUGCUGAAAUGGCUGCGGAAGCAAAACUGCCCAUGGAACAGAGAAACUUGUGAUCAAGCCGCUAACAAAGGUCACUUGUUCGUGUUGCAGUGGGCGGCUGAAAACGGCUGUCCCGUGGACGCGACGACAACGCAAGCGGCGGCUUCCGGCGUGCAUUUGGAGCCGCUUCGAUGGCUGGUCGAGCGUGGCUGUCCAUGGAACGUUGAGAUAUGUAACUCAAUCGUUGACAGAUGGAAAUGCUUGAACAAUCCGAAACACGUGGAGAAAAUCAAGGAGUGGAUGUACUGGCGGCUGGCGAAGGAGCGCGGAUGCCCCGAACGCGACGUCCCCGCGCGAACCGACGCGGCGGCGUGAGAUCGAGACGAACGAGCCGACGACGAGAACGCGCGAACGCGCGCACGAUAAUAAUACACCACGCCACGCGCU